AUGGCGCCCUCGCCACCAGACUUCCCACCUCCAAACCCCCAAGAACACCUCGUAACAUUCUCCCCCACAGACCCCAAAAAUCCCCGAAAUUUCCCCCUCUGGCGAAAAUGGUCCAUCAUAGCCUCCAUAACUUUGAUAGACCUUACAGUAUCCUUUGGAGCAUCAGGCUACUCCCCCGCAACCGAAAAUCUCAUCUCCCACUUCGGCGUGAGCGCUGAAGUGGGGACUUUGGGACUAUCUCUCUAUGUACUAGGUCUAGCUCUCGGUCCCAUGUCUCUGGGUCCUUUGAGCGAAUACUAUGGUCGCACACCUUUAUACAUCUUACCUUAUGGAACAUUCCUGUUAUUUCUAAUUGGAACGGCUUUGGUGCAGAAUAUAGCCGGAUUUCUAAUUCUGCGAUUCUUCUCUGGAAUGUUCGCCAGUGUCACGAUAGCGAAUUUCGGAGGCACGAUUGCGGAUCUCUGGCCGCGAGAGAGUGUUGGACCGGCCAUGUAUAUUUUCCUGUGGGCUGCGGUGUGUGGUUCUCCCAUGGGGUUUUUUCUCAUGUCUUUUGUGGCGGAACAUCAUGGCUGGAGGACUGUGUUUUGGGCUUUGGUGGGGAUCUGUGGGGGUUCUUGGGUCAUUAUGGUGGUGGUGUUGGUGCCGUUUGCGAAUGAGACGCGGCAUUCUGUGUUGUUGAGACGGCAGGCUGGGGAGUUGAAUAGGAGGAAUGAUGGGAAUAGGUAUGUCGUUCCUGAGGAGAUGAGAGCGAAGACUGUGAGGCAGUUGUUUGGGGUUACGCUCUCGAGACCGUUUCGAUUCUUGUCUACGGAGUUGAUUGUGAUUUUUUGUGCGCUUUAUAAUGGGUUCUUGUAUGGUUUGUCUUUUCUGUUUAAUGGGGCUUUUUCGCUUGUGUAUGGCGAGAAGGGGUAUGGGUUUGAUACACGAGGGGUUGGACUUACGUUUCUUGGGUUGGUUGUUGGGAUUUCUUUGGGGCCGUUCAUCAGUAUCUUGCAAGAGAGGCAUUAUCAGAAAGAGAUAAGGAUCGAUGGUGCUGAGCAGGAAGAGGAUGGGAGGCCGUUGAAAGUCAAGUACAAGCCAGAGGCAAGAGUCCAGCAGGGGAAGAUUGCCGGUGUCACACUUCCGAUCAGCUUGUUCUGGUUUGCUUGGACAUCGCCGCCGCAGUAUGAUAUCCACUGGAUCGUCCCAGUCAUGGCGACUGCGCUAUUCGGGUGGUCGUUCUACACGCUCAUCCUGACCACCUAUCUAUAUGCUGAAGAAAGCUACCUCCACUUCGCAGCGAGUGCAUUGGCAGGCAUCGGUCUGAUUCGUAACCUCUUCGGCUGCGUCUUCCCUCUCUUUGGCAAACAGAUGUUCACUGGCUUGGGAUAUAAUUGGGCGGGAACAAUACUGGCCUGCGUGGCUGUCCUCUUAAUGCCCAUUCCCUUUAUUUUAGAGAAAUAUGGGCCACAGCUUCGGGCGAGAAGUCCCUACGCAAGGCAACAUAUGGAUGAUGUGGAUUGA